AAGUUAGAAACAAUAACUAUAUUGAAAAUGAAUAUUCUAGUAUAGAGUUUUUGUGUAUGAUAUCAACUGUUUUAUUAAAAAGUGAACCUCAUGAACUUAGAAAAUCAAUAGCUGAAAUACAUAAUUUACUUUAUAAACAUUCUGAUCAGUUCAAUAUUUCUGAUGAUAUUAAAGUUGAAAUAAAGAAUAAUAUUCAUUGA